AUCCAGCCUUAUUUAUAAUCGUUUUGAGCACUUUUAUUAAUGGUUUACAUGUAGUUUUUAAAAAAUCUUUAUUCAUAAUAACUUUUUCUCAAUAAAAGUAAUUUAUAAAAUGUUGUACAAAAUAAAAAUUUUAUUGUAGGUAAGUACCUACUAUAAACCAACUAUAAAAAGAAAAUUGACAUUAUUUAUACAAAUUUGAGUGAAAUUCAUAUCUAAAAAACCCAAUAUUUGAUACUGCAAAAAAAAACGUUUAAAAUGAACGCUAUUAAUGCAAUUAAUAAUAUUCAUGAUAUUGCCCAAACAAGAUCUACAAAAAUUUACAAUCCAAGGACGGAUCCAUUCGCGCUAUCCGAUGAGAAUUUUAAAGGCAGAUACCGGUUUACGAAAACCACAGUAAAAAAGAUUGUAGCAAUGACAAUGGAAGACAUUUAGUUAGAAAAAAGAGGAUGUGGAACAUCACCGGAACUCCAAGUGUUGGUAGCGUUAAGAUGUUGGGGAAGAAGAGAGGCUCAAGAUGAUGCUGCAGAAUUGCAUGGCCUAACACAGCCAACUGUGUCAAGAAUAUGUGCUAGGGUAGCGCGGGCUUUGGCAAGACACGCAAGAGAAAAAAUCAAAAUGCCCAGCAACUUAAGCGAAGAACAAGAAGUGAUGAGAGAAUUUAAAGCAAUAAAAAAUUUUCCUGGAAUUAUUGGUGCAAUAGACGGCACCCACAUAAAAAUAAAGAAAACAGGUGGAAGUCUUGCCCAAUAUUAUAUAAACAAAAAGGGGUAUUAUUCUCUCAAUAUACAGGUCGUUUGUGAUGCUAACCUUAAAAUAAGGGACAUAGUUGCUAGAUGGAGAGGAAGCACACACGACUGCCGCAUUUUUAAUGAAUCAAAUAUUAAAGAACGUUUUGAAAACAAAGAUUUCAGAGGUCGUUUAUUAGGUGAUUCAGGAUACAAAUUGCAACCAUACCUCUUUACUCCUUUAUUAAGACCUCAAAGCGAAAAAGAGAUUAAAUAUAAUAAAGCUCAUAUAGCAACGAGAAAUACGGUGGAACGAUGCUUCGGGGUAUGGAAGCAGAGAUUUCGUUGCUUGCUGGAUGGAUUAACAAUAAGUCUGGAAAAUGGAAAAACUUUAAUUAUAGCUCUGGCUGUUCUUCACAAUAUUGCUGUUGAAGAAAAGGACACAACACCAGAUGAUUCUAACAUAGAUGUGACAAUUGAUAUACAAAAUAUAAUGGAAGAAAAUCAAAAUAAUUGGACGGAACAACAAGAUACUCGGUCAAAAAUUAUUUUAAAUAGUUUUAUUCAAAAACACUUUUAGCUUUUUAUAUUUAUGCAUUUAUUAAUAUAAAUUUUUAUAAUAAUAAAUAUAUGAAUUAAACG